AUGACAGUAAACAACGAGGGGUGGGGAGCGUUCAAAACCAACAAAUGGCUAUUCACCACUCCCUCAUCGUCAGGAGGCCGUCCGCAGACGCCCGUCUCGAAUUCAAGGGUUACAGAUGGCGAAAAUUCGUUAGAAACGCCAGUAAAACGCGCAAAUCGGCCUCGCACACUGUCGGAUCGCGGAAAUGAGAUUCUCGAUAAUCAUGAAGCAGUGAGAAGUCUCUAUGCAUGGACCUGGAAUGAGCUGAAAGAGAAUUAUCCAGAAAAAGGGAUCAACAAUCCAUCGGUGUUCUGCUACGCGAUCUCCUGCAUACAAUUGUUGUCGCAUGUGCCAGCGGUAGUGAGGUUUCUUCAAGAGCAUCGCUGUCAGGAUCACUUAUGCCUAGCCUGCUGCUGGAGGCGCUACUUCUUCCACGCCCAAGGCAAGUCCGCGCCUAUCGGCUGGUUCCCUGACGCCUUCAAAAAGGACAGAAAGUUCAACGCGGGGCUUCAAGAAGACGCUCACGACGCUCUUCUGGAAAUCCUGGCGAAACUCGACAAGGCAGCAGCCAAAAAUCCGCCACCUCUGAAGAAUCGAAAGCUCUCCGACGACCUGUUCGGCUACUCGAUUCGCAACGAGGUCCAAUGCAAGCGGUGCCAAUACAAACACGUCUAUUACGAGAAUAAUACCGUAAUGACUGUACGGAUGAUGAGAAAAGACCCCAGUGGACACCGGCACUCGAUCAAGGACCUCAUGAGGAAUCUAUUCAAUCCAUCGGUGAUCUCUGGAUACAUUUGCACCAAGUGCAAGAACAAGAACUACGAAGCGCCGGUGAAGCCGACGUUGUUGAGAGCGCCGCAAGUGCUGUUGCUUCAUAUAUCCAGAUUCUCGUAUGAUAAAGAAGCGCGGAAGAUUUCGAGACCCGUCACAUUGAAUGAAACCCUCGACGUCUCCUCCAUGGCGACAGCUAGUCAAUCGACAGUCUACAAGUUCUGCGGAGCCAUCAUCCAUGCCGGACAUCAGCUCGACUUUGGCCACUAUUGGUGUGUGACACGAUCGCGGCGAAAGGAGAACUCGCUGAUCACGUUGAAUGAUUCGCAGGUCUUCCAACACGCCUCUCUCCACGACCUCCCACAGUCCUACAUCGUCAUGUAUCGUCGUAAAGAGCAUCUGCCGACCGAGAAUCAGCCACAACCGACGGCUCCAAACAAUGAUAGAUCCAUGAUUUAA